UAAUAUGUUUUUUAGGCUCGGUGCUGCAGACCACGCCUCGCAGGAUCUCGUCAAACUACUUGGCUUGUCCUCAUCAAGAAAACCUACGGAAAGGCUUCAAGGCGAGGAAGAAAAUGAUGAUUUACCACCACUUCUCCAGGCACUUGCUCGUCACAGCACUACCGACAGGGAAAGAGAUCAACGAAAACAAAGAAGACUUCAAAAAGAAGUUGAAUCCAAGGACGAUCAAGAUGAUUCAGCCAGUGUCACUUCCAGUAUACACUCAACAGAGGCGUCCUCAGUGGCUAAUGAUCCAACUGUACUUGAUGAAAAUAUCACAGAAUUUACCGGUGAAGAGCAUCCACAGCCUGCAGUGGUCUCAUUGCGACUUCCUGAUAAGUCAGUUGUAAGGACAUCAGAUGUUAGAGUCUCUAACAGAGUUAACAAAGCUUCAGUGACACUCAACAGAUAUCCUACAGUCUAUAACGACCUGACAGGAGAGAUCGAUGCACCCACAGUUAAGUGGCUGGACAAGAACCUUUUUAUAGGCGAGGAAAUCAAAGAGGUUUAUGAAGAAAUCAUAAAGACUAUAGGAACUGACCAUCUUCUGUUUGAUCAGGAUGCAUACGUGGAAAAGAGUGCCGACGAUGUGGAUGUUAGUCUAUGUACCUCAUCCUCUUCUCUUGUCAAACCUCGUGCAGAACGUAUUCUUAAUAAACAACUGAAAAAAGACAUUCCUCCACCAUGGGGAAACAACGCUGCUGACAACUGGAGAAACAGCCCAAAGUUUGGUGGUCUUGGGCGGGAGGACAUCUUGCAGGCAAAGUUGAAGAAAGGUGAUGACAGUGGUCAAGGCAAAUCCUACAACUCAUGGUUAGCUUGGUGGCGCAGUACAAUUACUACAGAUGACUUCCUUAAGUUCCUCUCCACGCAGGAAAACGACUACAUGUCUUUGCUGUUCCAUUUGUACGACUCUGAUCACGAGGCUGAUGACGAAGACGAUGGAGACGAGGCUCGUCCUGACACCAUUCAAAUGGCUUUGUUAAGGGAACGAGAGAAAAAACUAGCCGAACUGAAGUCAAUAAAAACUGAAUAUCAACCUGGCGUGUGGAAUGUCAACAGCGUUCUUUUGGGAGGGCUUGGAAACGAGCCUGAUGUGGAUGAGGAAGAGCUCCUGGCCAAUCUUGAAGACACAUUCCUGCCCGUGCGAUCGGUCACGCCAUCUAAACAGUCAAGUGGAGCAGUCGCCUCGCCGUCGGCUCGUUCUUUUGGAAGUGUCAAGUCUUCGGCAUCAAGAAGCGCGACUCCAAACUCUGACCAGCAAAGGCUGGAGAAAUUGUUCAAGGCGAGCUCUGUUGGGGUCAUACCGCAGCCUGCUGGUAGCAUUUGCGGCGGGGACACUGUCAGUACAAGUGAGGCUGCGUCAUUGUCUCCGCAAGAUCGCUUGGAAAGAGUUUGGACGUUACUGUGCAUGCCUGAUGCACAAAGACUAGAUAUGGCCAUCAAAUACAGCGCUGAACCCUACAGUAACAAUCUCCUGGAGACUUUAACGUUCUGGGAGAUUGCUACAGAGGUGAUUUUACAGCGCGAGAGUUUAAUGACAAAGCUAGAAGACUUUGAAAGAACUGCUUCAGAUCCCAACAGAUUCUUCGCGAAAGAUAACACUGGUUCAUCCGCCGCAAGAAUUAGAGAAUCCAAGACAAGGGACUGGUUUAAUACGCGCCUGUCAAAGAUUGAAAGUCAGGUCAGAAGAGCAGUGACAAACGUUCAUCGUCAGUUUGGAGAUACCGUAACAUUUCAGGGACGUCCGUACCUGGAGAAAAUUAGUAUGGAUCGAACCGAGAUGUUUUACUGGCUUCAGCAAGAACGACGACAACAAGUCAUGGACAGAGAACUUGUCAAAAUGAGAGAGGUUACCCUUAAGACACCAGAUCUUCCUCCAAUACCAGCGCAUACAAUAUUGUAAAUAAAAUCUUUAUUUAAUGUAACAGAGCGUUUAUAAUAAAAAUUGUGUAAGAGAACUUGUUCUCUAUGAA